AUGGUCAACUGGACUGCCGACAAAGACGCUAUCCUCCUGGUCGGCAUCUUUGAAUUCGUUGACAUUAAAUUCUCCAAAGACCUCUUGGAGCAUUUGGCCAACAAAAUCGGUUAUGUGUACUCAAGCUCGCUAGGAUGCACUCCCAAGGCCGUCAACCAUCGUCUCUUCAAUAUGAAGGUCAAAGGCAAGGCUGCCGGCGGCUCUGCUGCCAAUACUCCGACUAAGGCCAAGCCUGCUACGCCAAAGACCAGUGGAAAGGGUAAGGGUCGCGGAAAGGCUGCUCCCGCGUUCGAUGGCGAUGCCAACAAUCCUAUGGAUCAUGAUGAGCACAUUAUUCCGCCCACCCCAACCAAGAAGCGCGGACGUCCGAAGGAGACUAACGCGGAAUCUCCGGCUAAAAAGAAGAUCAAAGCAGAGGAGAAUGACGAGAUGGGCAGUAUUUUUGGAGGCAGCAAUGCGUAUAGUGUUGUAAACUCUCAAGAAGAGAUGGGCGAGGCUAGGUUUGGUGGGAAUGGUGAGGAGGUAGGCGAUGUCAAUGAGAUCUGA